UUGCCAACCAACACAUGUCGGCUUCCGUACGCAUUAUGUGGUUGUCUAUUUAGUAUAAUAAUGCUUGGGAUAAGUUUACGUGAGGCAGCUGCUGCCUUGAGGCGUGGACAACUAAGCCCUGUAGAACUGUGCCAGAAGUGUCUGUCGUCCAUCAAGGAAACCAGAUUUCUUAAUGCCUACAUAAAUGUAACUGAAGAAGUUGCUCUUAAACAAGCCGCUGAGGCAGAAAAAACGCUUCAGACAAGGCAAGCCCCUUGGGGAAUUAGACGGUAUCCCAGUUGCAGUUAAAGACAACUUUAGCACUGCCAAUAUAGAGACAACAUGUGCAUCACAAAUGCUUAAAGGUUACAUUCCACCCUAUAAUGCCACCGUUGUGCAGAAACUACUUGAUCAAGGAGCAGUACUUAUGGAAAAACUAACCUUGAUGAAUUUGCUAUGGGGUCUGGAAGUACUGAUGGCAUAUUUGGUCCAGUAAAAAAUCCAUGGAGUGCCAUUGAUGACGAUUCUGAUUGGGUUAUUACAGGAGGAAGUUCAGGGGGAAGUGCUGUGGCUGUGUCUUGUGGAACAUGCAGUGUGGCUCUGGGAUCAGAUACUGGAGGGUCCACCCGUAACCCAGCAUCACACUGUGGAGUAGUGGGUUUGAAACCCACAUAUGGGCUUGUUUCUCGUCAUGGCCUUAUUCCCUUGGUAAACUCUAUGGAUGUUCCUGGAAUAUUGACCAGAUAUGUGGAUGAUGCUGCAACAGUGCUUGGUGUGCUAGCUGGACAUGAUCCUCUUGACUCCACAACGAUCCAAAAUCCCUUUCAAACAUUUACACUUCCAGAUGUGAUAGAUGUAACCAAUCUUUGUGUAGGGAUUCCAAAGGAAUACCAUGCCCCUGGCUUAUCUACAGAAACACUGUCACUUUGGUCAAAAACUGCAGAUUUGCUAGAAGAUGCUGGAGCCAAAGUAGUUGAAGUUUCGCUUCCUCAUACUCGCUACUCCAUUGUGUGUUAUCAUGUGCUGUGUACAGCUGACGUAGCAUCCAAUAUGGCUCGGUUUGAUGGACUAGAAUAUGGGCACCGCUCAGAUGUAGAAGACUCAACAGAAGCCAUGUACUCUGCUACAAGACGGGAAGGUUUUAAUGACGUUGUGAGAGGAAGAAUAUUGUCUGGGAAUUUCUUUCUUCUGAAACAGAACUAUGAAAAGUAUUUUCUGAAGGCUCAGAGAGUGCGACGACUAAUAGCAGAUGACUUUAAAAAGGUUUUUCGAUCUGGUGUGGAUGUUUUACUUACUCCUACUACAUUAGGAGAUGCAACUCUUUACCUGGACUUUAUCGGGGAGGACAACCGAACACGAAGUGCAGAGGAGGAUGUCUUCACACAAUGUGCCAACAUGGCUGGUAUUCCAGCUAUAACCGUUCCAGCAGGCCUUUCUGUAAGAGGAUUACCACUUGGCCUUCAAUUCAUAGGACAAGCAUUCUGUGAACAGCAGCUCCUCAGUGUUGCUAAAUGGUUUGAGAAGCAGACGAACUUCUGCCCCAUAGAGUUUUAUAGACAUUUAGAAAAUAUGAAAGUUCUUCAAAGAAAUAGUAAAUUGGCUUCUUCAUUACAGUAG